AUGAGUCUCACAAAUUGUCUUUGUCUUAUUGUUUUUAUACUUGUUUGUGUCCUAUGUAACAAUGGAGUUGAAGCGUUUCAUGACAUAUACCCUGGUCUUCAAUCUAUUUCAGCUCCUUCUGUGAAUAAACUUCAUAGAACUGGAUUCCAUUUUCAACCUAAUAGAAACUGGAUUAACGGACCCAUGUACUACAGAGGAAUCUACCAUCUAUUUUACCAGUACAAUCCCAAAGGAGCUGUUUGGGGUAACAUUGUGUGGGGCCAUUCAGUAUCAAAGGAUCUCAUAAACUGGAAAGAGCUUGAACCCGCACUAUUUCCGUCCAAACCCUUUGAUAAAUACGGAUGCUGGUCCGGUUCGGCCACAAUCCUCCCGGGCAAAGGACCUGUCAUCCUCUACACUGGAGUCGUUGACAAGCAAAGCAAUGAGGUCCAAUGCAUUGCUAUACCUGCAAAUGCAUCUGAUCCGCUUCUCACAAACUGGGUUAAGCCCGACCGCUUAAACCCGAUUUUGACUGCAGAUCACGGCAUGAAUGGAUCAGUGUUUCGAGACCCGACAACUGCAUGGUUCGGCAAGGAUGGACACUGGAGGAUACUUAUUGGUGGCAAGACGGGAGAUACAGGAGUAGCCUAUUUAUAUAGGAGUAAGAAUUUCUUGAAAUGGAUCCGGGCCAAGCACCCGAUCCAUUCCGCUAAAAGAACAGGGAUGUGGGAGUGUCCGGAUUUUUAUCCGGUUUCUUUGGAAGGAAAAAAUGGAUUAGAUUUGUCGAUGAUGGGUAAUAAUGUUAAGCAUGUGCUGAAGAACAGCCUUGACAUAACAAGGUACGAAUAUUAUACAAUCGGAACGUAUCUCCAAAAUCAAGACAAGUAUAUACCAGAUAAAACUUCAGAAGAUGGUUGGGGUGGCCUUAGAUACGAUUAUGGAAACUUCUAUGCUUCCAAAUCGUUCUUUGAUCCAACCAAGAAUCGAAGGAUCAUAUGGGGAUGGGCAAAUGAAUCCGAUACCAAAGAAGAUGAUGUUAAGAAAGGAUGGGCGGGAAUUCAGGCAAUUCCAAGAACUGUGUGGCUUGAUUCUAGCAGGAGACAGUUAAGACAAUGGCCAGUUGAAGAAUUAAAUAGGCUAAGAGGGAAACAAGUUGAGAUGAAAAACCGAAAGCUUAAGAAGGGAGGUUAUCUUGAAGUAAAAGGGAUUACUGCUUCUCAGGCUGAUGUGGAAGUUACAUUCUCAUUCUCAAGCUUGGACAAGGCUGAGGCAUUUGAUCCUAAGUGGGAGAAUGCAGAGGAUCUAUGUGCGCAAAAGGGUUCAAAAGUUCCAGGCGGGGUUGGACCGUUUGGACUUUUGACAUUGGCUUCGAAAAAACUAGAAGAGUAUACUUCUGUGUUCUUCAGAGUUUUCAAAGCUUCAAAUAAACACAAGAUUCUCAUGUGCUCUGAUGCAAAAAGUUCCUCGUUGAACAGGGAAUUGUACAAGCCGUCAUUCGCAGGCUUUGUAAAUGUGGAUUUGGGAAAUAAUAAGAAACUUUCUCUCAGGAGUUUGAUUGAUCACUCUGUAGUGGAAAGUUUUGGAGUAGGAGGGAAAACAAACAUAUUGUCUAGGGUUUAUCCAACACUAGCACUAAAAGAAAAAGCUCAUUUGUUCGUGUUCAAUAAUGGUACUGAGCAUAUCACUGUGGAGAACCUAAAGGCAUGGAGCAUGAAGACUGCUAGUCGAAAUUAA